AUGUCGAUAUCAACAUCAGCAUCAUCGUUACAACAAAAAAAUUUUGAUGAAUUUGAAGAUGAUCGAGAAGAAAUACUGACAAUUAAAUCAUCCUUAUCCUCUAGUAAUAACAAUAGUCGAAGAAGUAGCAAUAACAGCUAUUGCGUACAAGAUGUGAUUUCUUAUCAUCAUCAACAAUCGGCAUCACUAAGUCAAUCGCAUACCGAUAAUGAUAAGAAUAUUAAUCAAAUCCGAUCAAAUUCACUUACAAGAAAAGCUGCCACGACAAUUGCUGCUAAAGAUUCAUAUCAUUAUAAUGAACUGAUAAAAUCAUCACAACAUCGGUCAUGCAAUAACACUAACAACUUUACUGGUAGUAAUCGAACCACAAAGUCUCCUUUGCGAUUAACACUAGUUGAAAGUGUAAGUGCUACUGUUGUUGGAUCGGAAGAAG